CGGAGCGGGGCGCGCGCCCGGCCAGAGAGCGAGCGCGCAGCUGCGGCGACAGCGGCGACCCCACCGCGCAUCCGGCGAGGCGACCCCACCGCGCAUCCUCCCGCGCCCCCCGCGCCCCCGCGCCGCGGUCUUCGCGCCCCAGCCUCUCGGCCCGCCAGGCCCCCCUGCCGGCCGCCCGCCGGGCCACGCGCCUGCCCGCCCGCCGCCCAGGACCGGCCCGCGCCCCGCAGGCCGCCCGCCGCCCGCGCCGCCAUGGGAGUGGAGGGCUGCACCAAGUGCAUCAAGUACCUGCUCUUCGUCUUCAACUUCGUCUUCUGGCUGGCUGGAGGCGUGAUCCUGGGUGUGGCCCUGUGGCUCCGGCAUGACCCGCAGACCACCAACCUCCUGUAUCUGGAGCUGGGAGACAAGCCUGCGCCCAACACCUUCUACGUAGGCAUCUACAUCCUCAUUGCUGUGGGCGCCGUGAUGAUGUUCGUUGGCUUCCUGGGCUGCUAUGGAGCCAUCCAGGAGUCCCAGUGCCUGUUGGGGACGUUCUUCACCUGUCUGGUCAUCCUGUUUGCCUGUGAGGUGGCCGCUGGCAUCUGGGGUUUUGUCAACAAAGACCAGAUCGCCAAGGAUGUGAAGCAGUUCUACGACCAGGCCCUGCAACAGGCCGUGGUGGACAAUAACACCAACAACGCCAAGGCCGUGGUGAAGACCUUCCACGAGACGCUCAACUGCUGUGGCUCCAGCACGCUCUCCACCAUGAGCACCUUGAUAUUCAAGAACAAUCUGUGUCCCUCGGGCAGCAAUAUCAUCACCAACCUCUUCAAGGAGGACUGCCACCAGAAGAUCGACGAGCUCUUCUCCGGGAAGCUGUACCUCAUCGGCAUCGCGGCCAUCGUGGUCGCCGUGAUCAUGAUCUUCGAGAUGAUCCUGAGCAUGGUGCUGUGCUGUGGCAUCCGGAACAGCUCCGUGUACUGAGGCCCCGCCGCUCUGGCCGCAGGGACCCCUGCUGCGCCCCCCACCCCCACGAGCGACCCGGACGCUUUGAGGGGGCCGUCACCGCCUGUGUAUAUAACGUUUCCGGUAUUACUCUGCUACACGUAGCCUUUUUAUUUUCGAGGUUUUUUGUUCUGAACUCUCCUGUUACCUUUUCAGGGCUGACGUCACAUGUAGGUGGCGUGUGUGAGUGGAGACGGGGCCUGGGCCUUUGGGACUGCAGGGAAGGGGUCCCAGGAAGCUCUGCCUGCUCAGCCGGGCCUCUCCCGGGAGCCACUCGAGCAGAGACUCAGCUUGGCCAACUUGGGGGGCUGUGUCUGCCCAGCUCGCCCGUCCUGUGGGCUGCACAGCUCAAGCCUUUUUAAUCCUUGAUCCCUCUGCCCUGGUCGAGAGCCGAGUCUGUGGGCACUCUCUCUGCCUUCAUGCACCUGCCCUUUCUAACGUGUCACCUUCAACUGUAAUCACGACAUCCUGAAUCCAUCAUUUAAUAAAGAAGGAACAUCAGGCAUGCUA